UUGGAUUGCAAUGUUUACUGAAUCUGAAACCGGAUUGAAUUCAUUCUGACUCAAGUGUAAACGCACCUAAUGACAAAACGGUGCUCCCCCUAGUGGCUGAAAGAUGUAAAUCCUUAAUUGAAAGCUCAUCGUCUCGGAGCAGAGCAGCAGCAGUCUUUCAGUCCGGUGCUGGCGUUCACACACACUCACACACACGCGCGCGCGCAAACAUACACGCGUUCUCCCUCUGCGUCCUGGACAUGAACACCUGAUUUUUCUCACCUGCAUGAUGGAGAGCUAGAAAAAACAAAACAACAAAAAAAAACAACAACAACAAACAAAACAGAGCUGAAGGAAUUCAAAGAGCGUCAUGACCUACGCUUUUUGACUCGCACAGAGAGAGAGAGAAGGAGAGAUGAUUCAGCCCGAGCUCCACAAUCAUGUGGGUCCUAACAUAGAGCCCAGUCCUGCAGAUACAUCUCCAGCAUCCCCCAGCCUGCUGCACAGGAUCCGGAGAGUCUUCACCAGAGAGCUCUUCCUUACACUGGCACUCGGUCAGGUCCUGUCUCUGCUCAUCUGUGGGAUUGGACUGACCAGCAAGUACCUGGCCUCUGAUUACCAUGCCAACACACCCGUGUUCCAGUGCUUUCUCAACUACAUCCUUCUGUUCCUGGUCUACACCACCACACUCGCAGUCAGGCAGGGUGAGGAGAAUUUACUGGCGAUCCUGAAGAGGCGAUGGUGGAAGUACAUGAUCCUCGGUGUGAUCGAUAUCGAAGCCAACUACAUGGUCAUUAAAGCUUACCAGUACACCACACUGACCAGUGUACAGUUGCUGGACUGCUUCGUCAUCCCCGUCGUGCUCCUGCUGUCCUGGUUCUUUCUGCUGGUGAGGUAUAAGGUGGUGCAUUUCGUCGGCGUGGGCGUCUGCCUGCUCGGCAUCGGCUGCGUGGUGGGAGCCGACGUGCUGGUGGGACGACAGCAGGGCCUUGGGGACCAUAAACUGCUGGGAGACCUGUUGGUUCUAGCUGGUGCAACUCUAUAUGGUAUCUCUAAUGUGUGUGAGGAAUUCAUCGUGAAGAACCUGAGUCGCGUAGAGUUCCUGGGCAUGAUGGGUCUCUUCGGUUCCUUCUUCAGCGGCAUCCAGCUAGCCAUCAUGGAACACAAGGAGCUGUUGAAGGUGCAGUGGGACUGGCAGAUAGGGUUACUGUACAUCGGAUUUAGCGCCUGCAUGUUUGGCCUGUAUAGCUUCAUGCCUGUGGUGAUCAAAAGGACCAGCGCCACGACGGUCAACCUGUCUCUGCUCACUGCUGACCUGUACAGUCUCUUCUGUGGCCUCUUUCUAUUUCAGUACAAGUUUUCAGCUCUUUACCUGCUGUCGUUCUUCGUCAUCUUGCUCGGCUUGGUGAUCUACUCCUCAUCCUCGACGUACGUCGCACAGGAUCCACGCGUAUAUAAGCAGUUCCGCAAUGCAGGAAAUCCUGUCCCGGACCCACCCAACGUCGGUCCCAUGGAGCCUUCAGUGACCUACAGCAGCCUGGGGCAGGAGAUAGAAGAUGAGCCUCGGGUUCGGGUUGCCUGAGGGGGCGGAGUCUCAUGCACGCAAUCAACCACGGCCCCUCCCAUCCCGCAGCAUUUAGAAAGUGAAUGAUAAUAAUAACAGAAUAAUGUAUAUAACCAUGUAGCAAACAAUUACACUGUGAUCACAAACUGUAAAUAGGUAGCAGUGAUCUCUCGGACUGUCUCGGAUCCAUCGUGUAUAAACCUCAUCGCCGACACACGCAACAGUUUAAGUGUUUAAGGAUCUGUGCUGACCGUAUGUGCAAAAUCUCAAUCGUGACUUUGAUUUUCUUACAUGAGCACAAAAGGGUUCAGUGUAUCUGAAAACAUUUUGAAGGAAGGAUUCAGCCAAAAAAUCUAAUGUAAAAUAUAUAUCUUACUCGUUACGCGAAAUGAAGUCAAAUAUUUUGCACCGGAGCAACGAGGCUAACGUGGCUAACGCUUUAUGUUUAUAGCUACCAGUUGAACAUUAGUCAAACUGCAUACCUGAAUCAUUACACAGUCAUCCUACAAACUCUGUGGAGCUCUUUAGGGUCUUUGCCUCUGUGCUUUUUGACGUAGUAACACGUUGUUAUCUGUAAAAAUGGACAAAGACAAAUAUUUCACAGCUGAACGCUAGAAUCUGGCUCAGAUAGGAGAAGUGAUUUGGUACUGAUAAUUUAGUACCGGUUUGAAUUUUCUAUUACUUUUACUUAAUCCUGACUGUUAUUGUACAGUAUAAAACUGUUUACAUUCAAAUGGUGUAACUGAUUCAGCCGUUGGUCUCUGAGGUGCGUUCAGUUGUGGUGCUAAAAUGGUGGCUACAAGCUUUCAUUGUUGAAUCCACAGCCUUGUUGAAUUCUCGGACCUGACUGGUCAGAAGGUUGACUCUGAGAGCGGCUCCGUCGGUGGUUCCAGCUACAGAUGUUAUCGUUUCUAACGUUACGCAGGGACUUAUAUGGUAGACGCUCAACAUAAUCUAUGAUCAUAAUAAACAGAUUAAAAAUGUGCUGUUAUUCAAUACACAUAAUACAAGUAGAGAAAAUGAGAGGAAGAGUUUAGUCUUUACCUGUUGUUUCAAGAUAUCCAGUGACUCAGAUGUUCGAACAUCUAGGGGAAGUUUGUUCCACCACCACGGUGCCGGAACAGAGAAGAGUCUUGAUGUAUACCUACCUCUUACCCUGAGAGAUGGUGGGACCAGUCGAGCAGUGCUGGUAGAUCUGAGGGUGCGAGGUACAGUGUGACAAAAAUAGCCGAAACCUUCUGAUGUUGUAGAGAAGAAACCGACAUGAGCUUAUCACAUUAGCAACAUGCCAGGUAAAGGACAGUUGCUUGUCUAUGGUUAGCCCAAGGUUGCGAGCUGUGAAGGAGAGGGAGAUCAAGUCGCUGUGUAGGGAUAUUGCAAGAUCCUGACCUGGGAUUAAUCACCUGGAUGAUCAGAAGUUUAGUUUUGUUGGGAUUUAGUUUCACUCAAGUAUAAAUUCCAAAAAACAAACAAAAAAAACAACAGAGAGGCUAGUGAGGGAGUGACUGACGUGAACUUGUUUUCUGGACGUUCCACAAAAUUAAAUGUCAAUUAAAAAAAAUAAAUAAAUAAUAAUAAUUGUUGGAAAUAAAUGUAGUAUAAAUAUUAUGUGGUGUGGUGCUUUAGUGAACAUAGGGGUGGUUACAGUAGCUCUGCUCUAUGUCAGGCCACAUCACACCACCCUGCCCUGUUGUUGUUUACUGUUAUGGUUGAAACAGCAUGUUCCUGAGUGUUUAACCCUUUACACAUCGACUUGUUAGCUACAUUAACCUCUCAACUCAAGUGCAAAACUAAAAGGAACUUCAGACACCAAACAGAAGAAGACGAAGAAGAAGAAGAAGAAGAAGAAGAAGAAGAAGAAGAAGAAGAAGAGAAUUAUAUACAAUUCAUUUUUGGUUCACUUUUGCUUUAACAGAUUCUGAAUUAAAAUACAUUUUAUGAUAAACUGAUUUGUUAAGAGCCAGUGCCUUGCCAUAUAUAGGUAAUGUUGGGGAAAAACACAACAGUGUCAGCUUUCUGCUUGUCUGAAAUAUAUCAGAAACCCAGAAUGGAACACACACACGUACACACACAUACACACAAAUACACACACACACACACACACACGUACACACACAUACGCACACACAUACAUACGCACACACACAUAUGCACACACACACACACACACACCAAUUUAUGCGUCUUUUAUCUGACUUAUUUUACUGUUACACGACUUGGGUAAUCGUCCUUUUGAACAAACAAUACAUAUGUUUUAGGUUUUUUGUGUUUUUAUUCUGUCAUGAAAAAUGGCAUUUUCCUUUGUAUUAAAUAUAAAAUGUGUACUAGCUUGAUUGUAAACUUGUAAAAAAAAAAAAAAAAAAACUUAAUUGCACUUGUCUUAUAUUUAAUUUGUUUUGUUUUAUGGCCAGUCAUC